AGCAAGUCUAGUUCAGUACAUCCACAACUCGCGUGGUAGUCAGUCGGUUAGCUUGCUGGCUCUGUGCAAUCCUCUUGAGUGCAAUUGAAACCCAUUGACGGAUUUAAAUAUACAAGUGUUACUUGUUGUGUGUGUGUAGGAAAUCUAGUCAAAACAACAGGGAUUUUUAUAUACUUCAUUGGAAGGAAUAUCAUGUACAACAAGUGGUGAGUGGUCAACAUGCUUAGUGAAGGUCGUCGGGAGGGGCUUCGCCUGGCGCUGAACCGGUCGCUGAGUGAGCCCGGUGAGGCAAGUGCCGCAGCCACCGCCAGAUGCCCAGUGUCCCUGCCGCAGUUGAUGGCGCCGCAGGUGGUCAGCAUGCCAGCCUCUCCGUGCGGGGACAGUUCCACUAUCCAGCGUUCACUACUAUUAAGACGUGCCCGUGCCCUCGAGCCCGCGGACGUGGCGCGCAAACUCACUAAAACAAAACCCAAGAACUUCCUUCUCCUCGACUUGAGAACGUUCAUCAACUACAACAUGCGUCAUGUACGCAGCGCCAUCAACCUCAACUGCUCAGAUCGCUUCAACCGCAAGCGACUACAGCUGCGACGGGCCUCUGUGGUGGACUUGGCGGCGUCUCCCUCCGGCCGCGACCUGCUGAAGAAACGGUGCUAUAAAGAGAUCAUCGUGUACGACGAGUGUAGCACCGACCUAGAGGCUCUCCCGCCCCAACACCCUGUUUACCUCGUCCUCACGGCCCUCCUCGAGGACAACAGAGAACCCCUCCUCCUCAAGGGAGGCUUCCAGGCGUUCGAGCGAGCGUAUCCCGAGCUGUGUGAAGACGCCCUCAUGCGCACCAGAGACGAAGUAGAAUCCACCAACCCCUGCUACGGUGACCCCUUCAACCCCACCACCCCCUCCGGUGUGUGUAUGGGCGGCGGCAUCCCUCCCUCCCCAGGCAAUGAGGCCACCAUAGAACAAGCUCAGGCCUCUGAAGUGCUCCCCUUCCUCUAUAUCGGCAACGCCAGAGACGCUCAGGACUUAAGAGUUCUGCAGGCGUUGGGUAUCACCCGGGUGUUGAACGUGACGUCACAUGUGCCUGGUUACCACGAAAACUCUGGCAUCUGCUACAAGACGCUGCCAGCCAUGGACUCCGGCCACCAAAACCUUCGUCAGUACUUCGAUGAAGCAAUACACUUUAUCGAUGAGGCACGACAGGCAGGUGCACGAGUGUUGGUUCACUGUCAGGCGGGUGUCUCACGCUCCCCCACCAUUGUCAUUGCCUACCUGAUGAAGCACACCCGCAUGACUAUGGUCGAUUCCUACAAGUACGUCAAGUCCCGGCGUCUCAUUAUCUCACCUAACCUCAACUUCAUGGGUCAACUUGUUGAGUGGGAAACUGCUCUUCAAGACAACAAAACUGAAGCUGAUUGCAAGCCUUGUCAUCAGUGUCAGUGGCAGCGACAGGAAGUCAAAAAGGUCCCAAGCGCUUGCCAGGUAUGACAGACGCCUACAGGGCUCAGCUGCGAGGAUAUGGCCCCAGAUGUGGGCUUGGGUAGCUUCAGCAUGGGAACAACAGAGGCCGUUGCAGUGUCGAGUAGGAAGGUGUUGGAAUGUGGGUGUUGGAGACAAAAACAAGACACACUCCACACAGCCCUCCAGGAAGAUGCUGCUGACCACCUCACAACUCUGGGCCAGCAUCUCCACUCGCAUCACCUGACCAGACUCUUUCUUGAUGACUUGGAAGUCAAGCUUAAUGAAGAGGUACAAAGAAGAGAAGCCACAGAGAAAGAUAUCACCAUUCAUAGAAACAUACAUAGUGCAAAUGUGUCGUUUGAUACUGAAGAUGAUAAGCAUAAGUCUUCAAAAAGAAGUCAUUGCAGAGGAGGAGAUCUGGGGGGAGUAAGAGACGCAGAGGAUGCAAAUACUGCCAAAAGAAUGUGUACCGAGCAAGUGGUUCUUAGUCUAUAAAUGUCAUUAAUAUAAUCAAAAUCAGGGUCGUGUGUGUUGAGUUUACAUGCAUUAAGAGGGUAGUAACCAUUGGUGUGUUUGUGAGUUGGCCAUGUGGGAUGGGAUUAGUAGUGUGUUGCAUACCGGUGUUUUUGCCACAACAUUGUGAAUCAAACUUUACUGUUAAGGGGUUUAUGACCUUCAAAGCCCUUGGACUUCCAACACACAAUUUAUUUUUCCCCGUGUCUACUAAUGUAAUAAAACUUAGAUAUUUGUACACUGAAGGUUGUGAGAACGAAAGUCAGAAAACUUCUCUUGUUUUAACAAAACAUUUCUAAGUUACUUUAGUUAGGUCAGUGAUCAUACAAGUGUCUGUGGUUUAGAAAUGUUGAAGGUCUGGGUAGAGAUACAGCGAUUUAUCCGCUGUUUGGUUAGAAUAUAGAUAAGUGCAGUAUUGGGUUGAGGGAUUGCUGAAAAUUCAAAGCUCGCCUAACCCCCCCCCCCCCUCCCUCAUUUGGGCAGCUGCUUUUGACAAGGCAGUUCUGAUAGUGCAGUAUUAGUACAGUAAAUGUGUACCUUUGCCUUAACUAGUUUGAUCAACAAUAGUGAUUCAUAUGUUACAUAACUAGUUUUCCUGUAUCCUGUGUAUGUGAGGAGAAAAUACUACAUUGCCUUAUCAGGAGCCUUUCAUUGUUUCUGACAAGUUAUAUGUGAUAAGUCUCCUACAGUCUAAACUUUGUGAUGCGACUGGGGAAUUUGUGUUUUAGUCAGGGUCUUUGUGAAGCACAGUUUCCCAAGUCACUACACACGAACCAGACUUUUCAUCCACAACUUGAUUACUUUUAGACUUAUAGCUGGUGACUGGCUUGUUGAGCAGCCUCUUGCAGUCAAAAUUACUGAACCAGCCAGAAGAGUUCUGACUGGCUUACAGUUGACCGCACUUGUGGUGGAUAAGAAUUCUGGUUGUUAUAGUCUCUAGGUAUUAUACAAAAGUUACGAAAGACCAUUCCAGCAGCUCACAAAGUUCACCUAGUGUCCCAGUCAAGAAAUAAUGAUAAUCAUUGCAAAUAUACAGUAAUUGGUCCACACUGGACAGAGAGAGGUGUUUAGGUGAUAAUUUACCAUGUUGGUAAAUUACUCAUUCCUGAAUGAUGCUCUGUGAUCCCAACUCAUAUCCUAUUAGUUGAAAUCAUUGCAAAUGUUGCCAAUGUUUUAAUUGAGGUGUGACUGCAGUUAGGACCAAAUAUAAAGAACAAUAUCAGAAUCAGGUGUGAUUACCAGUAGUGGCCUCGGGUAGCGACGGUCUUGUACUUAUGAUGCCUUUACUCAUUCAGGGGAUUUGUAAGGGAUCUGAUGUAUUUAUGUUGUGAGUGGACUUGGAAUACAGCAUUUCUGUAAUCUAGAAUAAAAAUGCAGUUCAGUUGCAUUAGAACGGAAGUAGUACAGUAUCAAGUCAUUUUCGGCCUCUUGCACUCAGGAAAAAGAGGAGGUGAUCCCGUUCAGCGAGUCACCACCUCUUGAAUUUGGCUCAUUUUUCCUCCAUCAAAUAGUUGUUAUGCAUAUAUCUGUACAUAUAUAUAUUCAUGAUUUAUGCCAAUAAACUUAAAUCCUAUUUAUAAUGCAAACAUAGAUUUGUAGUACAAAGACAAAAAUUAUGAUUUCAUCCUAGUUUUUAGUUCAUUGUGAAUAUAUUUCGUUCUUGUGCCACUAGAAUUGUCUUUAAUGCCCAAAGUGUUGGGUAAGAAAAAAUGCCAAGUAGACAAUAAGCCAUUUCAUUACAAGCUUAACUUUGUUAUUUAACACAGCAUGUAACCAUGAUUUCCCAGAUGACAUUUAAAUGUAUGGAGAAUGUUGCACUUCACUAUUAAUGAACAAAUGUAAGUUUCUAAUAAUAUGGCUCACUGUCCAGUCUCCCAUAACCUGAGAGGAUAACGUGAGUGAAUGUGGAGCAAGUAGUGUCUGGUAUUACUUGCCAGAUAGUUCAUACCAAGCGUUUGAGAUGUGUAUACAGUCUCUCGGCUUAUGUUCUUCAAUCUGAAAACGAAAAAAAUCUAGUCUUGUAUAUUAGGUUUACUUCAUGUUUUUAAUUAUAAUUUUUUGAUCCAGCAGAUGGUAUUUAUUGUACAUGAUUUAGUGCAAAUCAUGACUUCGUAUUUAUUAUCUAGGGUUUAUGUAUCUGCCCUAUCAUUAAAAAGAUUUAAAAAAAUAAAUGUUCAGAUAUA